UUAACAGACAUGAUGCGGAGAGCAGCCACCAGUCUAGUUGUGAUCUAGGGAUCUGCAGUGUGUGUGUGUGUGUAAAACUAUAUAUUGUUGAAUUAAGGACUGUUCUGGUCCUUUAAUUACUAAUGUUAUUGUCAUUCUGAUUGAUGUUGUUUGGCUUAUUGACUCCUCUGAUUCUUUCUUGGCUCAGGCUAAAGUCCGUCCGCUGUCAAUUCUUUUCUCCAACUCCUCGCCAAAAUGCUUUUUCUUUAAGCAGACAGACAUGGUGUGCUGGUUUCUUGCAAGCGGGUUUUUGUAGUUUCACUCUCUUGCUUCAUUCAUUAUCAGUCUGCUAAUCAUUAUUAAACCCUUUUUACUUUCAGACUGUUUUUAUCCUAUAUAUAUAUAUAUGUAUGUAUGUAUCCCGUACCCUCUAGGGUAAUCUGUGGAAAGUUAAAAAGUGGAGGUAGGGAUGCGUUUUUCGCGUUUGGAUUUUUAGGGUUCCACAACCUUUCUCCUUAUUGGUGGUAAGUUCAAAUGCUGGGUUAGCUGUGUAGGAGAGAUUCUAGGAGAAGGCACCCCCACCAACCCCACUCUUCUCUCUGGCUUUUUCUGGGCUACAUUAGGCUGGGGAUGCUGGAGGUGUUGAAGUGGGGGUUCUUAAAUUUUGGACCAGGAGAUCCAUUUCUUUGUGGGUAGAGAGGCUUCAUUUGUUUUCCAUUUCUGGGUUCUUGUUUGAGGUCUUUGAGAUAUGGUGCUUUUGUAUUCUCAAAUGCGAUUUUGAGAUCUGGGUUGCAAAGAUGUCUGGGUCUUUAGCUUCUUGAAUUGGUCUCUGCGUGUGUGUCUGUUUGUCUCUCUCCGUCUCUGUCUCUGUCUGAUUGUCGAUAGAUUGAUAUAUUGUCCCUGUAAGUGGAUUAACUGGGAAUAUGGCUCCAAGCAUGGAAUUUUCCAGGUGGUGGGGAAAGGACACGAGAAAGGGAACUCCAGUGGUGGUUAAAAUGGAGAACCCCAAUUACUCUGUGAUAGAAAUUGAUGGUCCUGAUGCCGCUUUCCGGCAGGUGGACAAGGAUAGGGGCAAGAAUGCCAAACAAUUCACUUGGGUUUUGCUUCUCAAGGCUCACCAAGCUGUUGGUUGCCUAGCUUGGCUCGGCAACGUCCUCUGGGCGUUGCUCGGUGCCAUCAAGAAAAGGUUGCUACUUGGUCAAGGAGUGACAAUGGAGAGAGAGAAAUCUGGCAAGGGAAGGCUGUUGUUUGGAGUGAUUUUGGCAUUCUUAGUGACGGCUCUGGCAUUUCUGGCCUUUGAACUGGUUGCCCAUUUCAAAGGUUGGCAUUAUUUCAAGAACCACAAUUUGCACAUCCCGCAAACUUCUGAGAUUCAAGGAUGGCUGCACUAUAUGUAUCUUGUCUGGCUGGAAUUUCGUGCCGGCUACAUUGCUCCUCCAAUUCAUGCUCUCUCUAGCUUCUGCGUUGUUCUUUUCCUGAUUCAAUCAAUGGACAGGCUGAUUCUUUGCCUUGGCUGCUUCUGGAUCAAGUACAAAAAGAUCAAGCCACAAAUUUCAGGCGAUCCCCUUAAGUCCGAUGACUUGGAGGGUUCGGGGUUUAACUACCCCAUGGUUCUUGUCCAGAUUCCAAUGUGUAAUGAGAAAGAGGUAUAUGAGCAAUCUAUCUCAGCAGUCUGCCAACUUGAUUGGCCCAAAGAUCGUUUGUUGAUUCAAGUUCUUGACGACUCUGAUGACGAGAGCAUUCAGUUUUUAAUCAAGGAAGAGGUCUCCAAAUGGAGCCACAAAGGUGUCAAUAUUAUUUAUCGGCAUAGAUUGGUUAGGACUGGCUACAAAGCUGGAAACCUUAAGUCAGCAAUGAAUUGCGAUUAUGUGAAGGCAUAUGAGUUUGUUGCAAUCUUUGAUGCUGAUUUCCAGCCAAAUCCAGAUUUCCUUAAGCAGACGAUUCCACAUUUUCGGCUCAAUCCGGAAUUGGGUUUAGUUCAGGCUAGGUGGGCAUUUGUGAAUAAGGAUGAAAAUCUAUUGACACGCCUCCAAAACAUUAACUUGUGCUUUCACUUUGAGGUGGAGCAGCAGGUAAAUGGAGUCUUCCUAAAUUUCUUCGGUUUCAAUGGAACUGCUGGCGUCUGGAGAAUCAAAGCACUGGAGGAGUCCGGUGGUUGGCUUGAGAGGACUACUGUAGAGGACAUGGACAUAGCAGUUCGUGCUCAUCUCUGCGGCUGGAAAUUCAUUUUCCUAAAUGAUGUGAAGGUACUCUGUGAAGUUCCAGAAUCUUAUGAAGCUUACAAGAAACAGCAACAUCGUUGGCAUUCUGGUCCAAUGCAACUCUUUCGGUUGUGCCUUCCUGCUAUCGUUACUUCGAAGAUAUCAAUUUGGAAGAAGGCAAACUUAAUACUACUAUUCUUUCUCUUGAGAAAACUUAUCCUCCCAUUCUAUUCUUUCACAUUGUUUUGCAUCAUUCUUCCUUUGACCAUGUUCGUCCCUGAAGCCGAGCUGCCUGUCUGGGUUGUUUGUUAUGUCCCUGUAAUAAUGUCAUUCCUAAGCAUUCUUCCUGCACCAAGAUCCUUCCCAUUUAUUGCUCCUUACCUUCUAUUUGAGAACACAAUGUCCGUGACCAAAUUCAAUGCCAUGGUAUCCGGCCUGUUUCAGUUGGGCAGCUCAUACGAGUGGGUUGUCACGAAAAAGGCAGGACGAUCAUCGGAGCCUGAUCUAUUGGCUGCAUCAGAGCGGGAAUCUAAGGUGAUGAAUCACCCACAGCUUUAUAGGGGAACUUCUGAUAGCAGGCUGUCUGAUCUCAACAAAUUGAUAGAACAUCAAGAAGCCAUUCCUAAAGCUUCCGGGAAGAAAAUGAACAAGAUAUACAAGAAAGAGCUUGCCUUGGCUUUCUUACUGCUCACUGCCGCACUCAGGAGCCUUUUGUCAGCUCAGGGAGUGCACUUCUACUUCUUACUAUUUCAAGGUGUGUCAUUUCUCCUUGUGGGUCUUGACCUUAUCGGCGAACAAGUAAGCUGAGCUGACACUCGGACAAAAGAAGGAAAAGACUGUUGAUGCAAAUAAAGAUGAAAAACAUAAACAAGGAAACCUCCUCAAUCUAUGGGUUUGCAGCUGCAACGUUGAUAGCAACAUGCUUAUUGAGACUUGUCCAACCAAUCCAUUCCAAUGCCUUUGAUGCCUCGGGUCCUAGUUAAAGGAUCUGGCAUUCUAAAUAAGGACUUCAUAUUCUUGUUAUUACAAUAGCCCAGAGAAGAUUUUUUCUCCCCAAAACCUUUGUUCUUCCGUUUGUCUGCGUUUGAUCUUGCUGAUGUCUUGUCACAGUUGAUUAAACUUGGACCGGUUUACAACAUUGUACCUCUUCACCGCGACUCUUCUGUCUCUUCCACCCGUUUGGUUCUUCAAUUGUUGUUGCUAUUUGUAUUUCUAUAUGUAAAAGAAAUUGUUCUUCUACAUUUUCUUUGUAUUCUAGCUGGAGUUGUACCCGAAAAAAGGAACCAUCGAUCUGAACAUGUACCUGUAGUAACCCUGUAAAUUUGUUGAAACUAAGACACAUUUCACUCA